AUGUCAUCAAGAGGCUCAUAUGUUGUUUUUUCAGGCUCACAAAAUUUUAGACUGAGGCUCAUUUUAGCUACAUUAUCUGGCAAAGCAAUUAAGAUAGAAAAGAUUAGGUCUAAUGAACUGAAUCCCGGUUUGAAGGAUCACGAGGUCUCUUUCCUGAGACUUUUGGAGUCAGUCACGAACGGCAGCGCAAUCGAAAUCUCAUACACAGGUACAACCGUCAUAUAUAGACCUGGAAUCAUAGUGGGUGGAUCCGUUACGCACAACUGUCCGAAGGGAAAGCCCGUCGGAUACUUCGUGGAGCCCAUGCUGUACCUAGCUCCGUUUUCCAAGAAGAAAUUCUCCAUCAUAUUCAGAGGUUGUACUGCCUCCAGUGAGGAUGCUGGAAUCGAAGCUAUUAAAUGGGGUCUGAUGCCUGUCAUGGAAAAGUUCGGAGUGAGAGAGUGUGCUCUUCAUACUCUAAAAAGAGGGUCCCCACCCCUGGGGGGCGGCGAAGUACAUCUGAUCGUGGAUUCCCUCAUUGCUCAACCGCUGACAAUGCAUGAGUUGGACAGACCAACAAUUUCGUCGAUUAGAGGCGUCUCAUAUUCGACCAGGGUCAGUCCGUCCAUGGUGAAUAGAAUGAUAGAUGCAGCGAAAAAGGUACUGAAGAAAGUAGGAUGCGAAGUUAACAUUUCAGCUGACGUAUGGAGAGGCGAGAAUUCGGGGAAGAGCCCGGGAUGGGGUAUAACCCUUGUGGCAGAGACAAAGAAAGGUUGGUCUUUCUUCUCAGAACAGAUUGGUGGAGCUGGUGAUGUGCCAGAAGAUAUUGGGACUUUGGCCGCUUAUCAUCUCCUUGAAGAGGUCUCGAAGAGUGCUGCGGUUGGCAGAAAUCAAUUACCACUUGCGCUGGUGUACAUGGUGAUAGGAAAGGAAGAUAUUGGAAGACUGAGAAUAACUAGAGAACAAAUUGACGAGCGGCUAGUUGGGCUGCUGAGAGAUAUUAAAUUAGUGUUUGGAACUGAAGUCUUCCUAAGACCUGUUGAUCAUGAUAAUACGGAUGAUUUCAUUGCAACUAUUAAGGGAAUCGGUUUUACAAACACAAGCAAAAAGAUUGCUUGA